CAAGGAAACGUUCACCGUCCAGGCGCAUUUACCCAGUGGCCCCCCGCCAACCCAGUGGCCCCCCACCCAGUGGCCCCCGCCAGCCCACAUCAUGACUCGUAGUGCCCUCCAAGCUAGGAAUGGGAGAGUUGGCACGGUGGGCCUCCUUGCAAGCUCGGUCUAAUAAAAAGGCGUUUCCAGGAGCCCCAAUCUGCAGUGAACGCAACCCCAAUACUCCUAUGGCAAACAACGGAUCUCCGCAGCAUUUCCAUUCUCUCGGCGAGACAUUCCAAUGCUUGUGGGAUGGUGAAUUCGCCGGAUUUCAUUGCAAUAAUUUGAUAUUUGGGUACGAUACGUCAAGCCAUCUCCGAGACCGUCACGGAAUUAGGGGCCCGGAUGACCUCCAUGUCCUUUGCCGUUUUUUGGGUUGUAACACGAUGAUUAAAAAACAAAAUCUUGCAUGGCAUGUGCAAGCAAACCAUUUCGGGAUCAGGUAUUUUUGCAACACCUGCAACCAGCCAUUCACGUGUACAUACAACCUGGAAGUGCACAAGAGAAGCUGUUCUUAUGUCAGGACUUUCUCUCCCUCAUGUAUUACGGGCGCUAAUUAUUCAAUUUUAGGAGAGUAUGUAGAUGCUGAAGCAGCCGGCAGGAACGGCGGACUGAUGGGGAUAGGGGGACGGAGAAAUGGGAGGGGACACGGGUGUCCCCUAGAUCUACGUAUAGACCUGUAUCUCAAAUUGGCAAAAAUGUGGACUCUCAAAAAAGCCGUAGCGGGCCAGUAACUGAGUGUUACAACACUUCUUGUAAGAUAUAUCGAACAAGUUAUGGUUAACGUCA